AUGUAUGAUUUACGUCGAAAAGAUUUCCCGACAUUUCCACAGUCUUUAAAUAGUGCUGUCAUACAACUUAAAGAAAUGCAAAACGAAGAUCGCUUUAUGUUUAAAAAUGAAAAGUUUAUUCAUGUUCCUGAAAAUCAAAACUUUAUUUAUGGCACAUUUGAAUACGCUCCUAAGUAUUUUUUACAACUCUAUACAAUCCAUGGAUUUAAAAAUGGAUUUUAUAUACCACUUGUAUACUUCUUUUUACCCGAUAAAUGUGAAGAAACUUACAUUCAAAUGUGGACAUUUUUAAAAAACAUAUGUUUUGAAUAUUUGUCCACCAGACUAUGUAUCCUCACAUUACAUGUGGAUUUUGAAAAAGCUGCACAUGAAGCCGCGAAGACCAUGUUUUCUKGAAUAGYUAUCAUUGGGUGUAGAUUCCAUUUAGGUCAGGCAUGGUGGCGUAAGAUACAAGAACAUAAUAGUUUAAGAACUUCAUAUUUGAUGGAUGGAGACGAAUUAGGCAUUUGGCUAAAAUCUUUUUUUGGACUACCAUUUCUCCAUUAG